AUUCAAGCCUUAAUAUUCUCUCUUUCUCUCUCACACAUACACAUACAUAAAUCCUGAAGUUUUCAUACAUUAUUACAAGAAUGGCUAUAGAGAUUGAGAAACCAUCAUCAGUUCGAUUAUCAAAAGUUGCAAUUUCGAAAACACAUGGGGAAGAUUCUCCAUAUUUUGCGGGUUGGAAAGCUUACGAUGAAAACCCUUACGAUGAAAUCCAUAACCAGUCCGGUGUCAUACAAAUGGGACUGGCUGAAAAUCAAGUUUCAUUUGAUUUAUUGGAAAAGUACUUGGAAGAGCAUCAUGAAGUAUCUAGUUGGGGUAAAGGAGCACCUGGUUUUAGAGAAAAUGCUUUGUUUCAAGACUAUCAUGGUCUUAAAUCUUUCAGACAGGCAAUGGCAAAUUUCAUGGAGCAAAUUAGAGGGGGAAAAGCUAAAUUUGACCCUGAUAGAAUAGUGUUAACUGCUGGUGCAACUGCAGCUAAUGAGCUAUUGACAUUCAUUUUGGCUGAUCCUGGUGAUGUUUUGCUGGUUCCAACUCCAUACUAUCCAGGAUUUGACAGAGAUUUGAGGUGGAGGACCGGUGUGAAAAUUGUCCCAAUUCAUUGCAAUAGUUCAAACAAUUUCCAAAUUACACCCGAAGCUCUGGAAGCUGCAUACCAAAGUGCAGAAUCCAUGGACUUAAAAGUAAGGGGAGUUCUCAUAACAAACCCCUCGAACCCUUUAGGUUCGACCAUCCAAUCCUCGGUCCUCAAUGACAUCCUAGAUUUCGCCGUACACAAAAACAUCCACUUAGUCUCUGACGAAAUCUAUUCCGGCUCAACAUUCUCACCGUCAGAAUUCGUUAGCAUCGCCGAAAUCCUCCGUAACCGUAAUUACAAAGACGCUGAACGUGUUCACAUCGUUUACAGCCUAUCUAAAGACCUCGGCCUCCCCGGUUUUCGAGUCGGUACGAUAUAUUCCUACAACGACGACGUUGUUACAACCGCCCGACGGAUGUCGAGUUUCACCUUGAUUUCAUCUCAAACACAACACCUCUUAGCUUGCAUGUUAUCCAACCAUGAAUUCACCCAAAACUACAUAAAAACAAACCGUGAAAGGCUCAACAAACGUUACGACAUGAUCAUUCAAGGGCUUAAAAAAGCUGGGAUCGAAUGCUUGAAAGGCAAUGCUGGGUUAUUUUGUUGGAUGAAUUUGAGUCCAUUAUUGAAUGAACCAACAAGACAAGGUGAAUUGGAGCUUUGGAACAUUAUAUUAAACCAAGUGAAGCUUAAUAUCUCACCAGGAUCCUCAUGCCAUUGUAGUGAACCAGGGUGGUUCAGGGUUUGUUUUGCUAAUAUGAGUGAACAAACAUUAAGGGUUGCAUUACAAAGAAUACAUAAAUUCAUGGAACAAAGGAAGGUUUGUUCAGUGAAUCAGUAG